UCAAUCAAAGCUACAUGACGUCCAUGGUUUCUCGCCCUCUCUUCUAUACCUUCUCCUUCCUCUCCUUUUCCUGUCUCUGCAGCUGCAAACAACUCCAGGAAAUGGCCAGCCAGUUCAAUCUCGAAUCAGUGAGAGAGUUCUUGACUAGGGAGGAAGACAGCAUCGUGUUCAGCCUCAUCGAGAGGGCCAAAUACCCCUCAAACCUUCCUGCUUAUGAUCCUUCUUACUCGACCGGAGGAGCCUUCCGUAACUAUUCCCUGCUCGACCUCUUCGCCAGGGAAACAGAGGCAGUGCAGGCCAGGGCUGGAAGAUAUCGAAACCCAGAGGAGAUUCCCUUCUUCCCAAAGGUUCUGGUCCUGCCAUUAGUCCCUGCAGUGCACUCACAGGUGUUGCACCCUGCUUCUGCAUCUGUGAAUGCUAGCAACGCCAUCUGGAAGAUGUAUUUUAAUCGACUUCUUCCACAAUUCACUGCAAAAGGAGAUGAUGGCAGAUACGCACUCGCAGCAGCUGCAGAUCUCGUGUGCCUGCAGGCACUUUCAAGAAGGAUCAACUAUGGACGAUUUGUGGCAGAAGCCAAGUUCAGAGAUGCCCCUAAAGACUACACUAGCGCUAUCAGAGCUGAAGAUAGGGAUGCUUUGAUGAGAUUGCUUACAUCCGCGGCUCAAGAAGAAACAGUGAAGAGCAGAGUGGAGAAGAAGGCCAAAGUGUUUGGGCAAGAUGUGAUUGUAAAUAACAUUAGCAAAAACGAGAGCAGUCGUCCCAAAUACAAAGUUGACCCUGAUGUAGUUGUUCAUCUUUAUGGGGAUUGGGUCAUCCCUUUGACCAAGCUUGUGGAAGUGGAGUACCUUCUCCAUCGCCUUGAUUGAUGAUGAUUUGGUGAUGCAAUGGUGCAAUAAGUCUGAUCUCAUUCUUUGGGCUAUUGAUUGAUGGAGGAGGAAAACAAAUUACAAUUCUAAUGGUUAACAGCUUAUUUCCAUAUAACAGUUCCUUUAAUAAAUAAUAACCGAGAUGAAACAUUUAGCUGCUCUUGUAUGUUAAGUAUCUUACUGAGGAAAAAAAAAAAGGCAAUGUAUUGAUUCUGAUA